AUGAAACAAAAAAAUUACAUUUAUGCUAUUGUUUUCUUGAUAUCAAUAAUUUGUCUUUGGAAUAUAUACCGAAAAUUAAUUUACAUUCAUGAUCAAAAAAAAGUAAAUAGUAGUAUUAUUUUUGAAGAUACUUAUUUUCUUUUGAAAAGAGAUAUUAAAAAGGAUGAGGAUAAUCCAUGGAAAUUUCCAAUAAAAUAUUAUGUUGAAGAUCCAGUUUCAACUGUUAAUGUAGAUAAAGCAUUAAAUGAAAUAAAAAAAAAUACUUGUAUUAACUUUGAAAAACAAAAGGAAAUUUUAAAAAAUUCACAAGGAUUACAUUUCAAAGAAGAUACAACGUGUUCUUCAUAUAUUGGAAAUGUAUUUGUAAAUCAAAUGCAGAUUAUACGGCUUACACAAAAUUGCUAUAAAGACCCGUAUACCAUCUUGCAUGAAAUAGGACAUGCUUUAGGCUUAGUACAUGAACAUGCACGAACAGAUAGAGAUGAAUACAUUACAAUUCACUAUAGUAAUAUGGAUACUAAUGAAGUAGAUAACUUUAUGAUUCGUAAUACGUCAAAAUAUAAAAAUUAUUCAACUUCCUACGACUUUUCCGCAAUAAUGCAUUAUGAACAAUAUGCGUUCGCUACAUUUUGGAGCUCUCUUUUUGGUUGGCCAGUUAUAGAGUCAAAAUUAGAACGUGAAUAUUCAUGGAUGAUGGGACAACAUAAAAAAAUGACUUUUAAUGAAUUUAAACAAAUUAAUUUAAACUAUUGCAAUUGGUGUAACUGGGUUGAUAAUGAAACUGGCUUACUAUUUGAAAACAAAGACAGUCAAACUUUAUGUAAAAAUGGGGGUUAUCCAGAUUUUAACAAUUGUAGUAAAUGUAUUUGCCCUACUGGUUACACAGGAGAUUUAUGUGAUGAAAUCAUUACAAGUGAUGCAAAAUGUGGUGAAACUAACAUUGAUGUUAAUACAACUGAAAUAUCUAUAAUAUUAAAUGACAAAAUGAAUUGUUAUUUUUAUUUAAAAGCAAAAGAUACAAAAAAAGUUUUACUUAAAGUAACAUAUGUUAACGCACCAUACAAAGAAAGCAUUUGUACAGAAGACGUUGGUUAUCAGUUUAAAUAUAGAAAAGAUAAAGGUGCUACUGGUUUGCUUUUAUGUGGACAUCAUUCAAGGCUUAUAAUACUUAAAUCUGAAUUAAACGAUAUUCUUAUAUUUUAUAGAGGAGAAUCUGGACACAGUUUCAUGCAUUUUACAUUCAAAGAAGUUGAUUAA